GCCCUCCAACUUUUGGCUUCGUUGCUUUUGUUUUGUCUCUGCCUCUUCGGUUAUUCUGCUGCAUUGAUCCCUCAUAAUCCCCCGGUGAUCUGUCUUCUUCAUCCCUUCCUCUGCUCUUCAUCUAGACCCUGAAUUGAUCUUCCGAUUCAUCCGCCCUCACAUAAGCCUCCACCCCCCUCCUGAACCCCUGUGACGUACUGCCGGUUCGUCCCACCGGAAAGCCACUAUAAACACCCACUCCCCCUUAUUCUUUUUCGUAUAUUUUUGCGCCCAAGCUGCCUAACGGUCCUUUAAAUUCGUCUGCAUGUCCCAGACGCUCUGAUUGAGACGGUUCGAACUUUAAGAUGGCCUCCGUCACCUCGCUUGACAAGGACUUGCGCAGUCUGCGCUUGUCCCGCUAUACCCCGCAGGCAGCCGCGGAAGUCCGCGACUGGAUCGAGGAAGUGUUACACGAAAAGCUCCCGCCAGGAGAUCUCCUGGAUGCUUUGAAAGAUGGCGUUGCACUCUGCAGGCUGGUCAACUUGGCCGUCUCCCCCGGCGUCAAGUACAAGCAGUCCUCGAUGCCCUUCGUGCAAAUGGAGAACAUCUCUCACUUCCUUCGCGCAUGUCAAAUGCAGCCCAUCAGCCUCCCUCCGCACGAUGUCUUCCUGACAGUCGAUCUCUACGAAGCCAAGGACCCCGCACAAGUCCUACAAUGUCUUACGUCUUUCAGUCGUCGGGCCAAUGCUCUCCAGCCUAGCAAGUUUCCUCGCGCACUCGGUCCUCAAAGCAAGGCAGCCACUCUGAGCCCGCAUGCCACCGGUUCCAGUCAAGGCGCUUAUACCCCCACCAAGUCGAGUGUUUCCGGUCACUCCAGCCCGGCAAGAUCCCCGAAGCCAGUCAGCAGCUGGAGCAAGAAGUCUGAUGAGUUUGUCACGGCCCCCGCCUGGAAUAUUCACCAGUACGGUUAUAUGGGUGGUGCAAACCAGGGUAGCAUGGGCGUUGCCUUUGGUGCACGUCGGCAGAUCACCACCGCUGCCCCGCGUGUCCCCAGCUUGGCGGAGAAAGAAAAGCGGAGAAAGGAGGAAGAAGAACGGCAAGUUUUGGAAAAGCAGGAAGCAGAGCGCCAGCGCCAGCAGGAGCGCGAAGCGGAAGAGGAGCGUGCUCGCAUCGAGGAAGAGCGCCGCUGGGAGGAGGAAACCAACCGUCUGAGGGAGCAAGAGCGGCGUCAAGUCGAGGAGGAGCGCAAGCGUUGGGACGCGCAACAGCGCAAAUGGGAAGAAGAGGAACGGCAACGCCUGCGUGAAGAAAAAGAAACGGAAGAUAGGCUAGAACGCGAGCGACUUCAACGACGAGAGGCGCAAGACAGCCGUCUCAACGGACAGUUCCUCAGCCAGUACCAAGCCAGUCUACCAGCAGCAUCUCCCGUUCCCCCAGUCUCCAGCGAGAACCGCGAGAGACAACGAAUUCGCGAGCUCGAGCGCGAGCUAGAACGCGCCAAGGAGAGAGAACGCCAAUACGAGCGUGAACGUCAAGACAUCCAAGAACGGGCCACCAAAUCGCCGCCUCGCAGUCCCCGGCCAGCCCAGCCCAGCUACGACCUAUCUUCCCUCGAGCAAGAGCGUCGCAUGCUACGCACCGAAUGGCAAAAGCACCACGACGAGCCACUCACAGAAUCAGACAUCCCCCCAAGCAUGCCUCCGCGACCCCUCCCAGAGCCCGUCAUCUCCGCCGAGGACAAACCAUCCACGCCCCCUCGCCCCUUGCCCGACCCCACCGGAGCGAAGCCCCCUAUGCCUCCAAGACCCCUCCCCGAUCCCACAAGCUACACCCCUCCAUCCCAAAGCCCCUACACACAAGAGAGCCGGGUCGACCGAUUCCUCGCUUCCAACCGACCCCCUGUUGCCCCGAAGCCCGCCGCCCACCGGCCCCAAGACUACACCACCACAGCGGAAGUAGACGCCGAGAAUAGCCGUCGCGCCGCCGCUCAAGAGAAGACCAAGGCCGGUGGCUGGGCUUCCAAGUCCCUUCUGGAACGCGAGAUGGAGCGCGAACGGGAGCGUCAGCGCGAGUGGGAGGAAAACCAGCGCCAGACACAGGAGGCAGCAGCUAGGGCUGGGUCUUCUAUUGCGGGCGCUAAGCGGCAGAUUAUUGGGCCGAGGCCACCUCCGUAAAUAUGAAGUGGAGUGUGCCCUUUUCAUAGUUCGCCUUUUUAUCACCCCCUUUAUCUAUUUUGUGUCUGCCUGUCUGGUUUUAGUUUGUCUCCCCUGUGUUGUGGAUAUACCCUUUUCUUUUGCCUCCUUUUUUAUCCCCCUCGCACCGCUUGGUGCGGUGGUGUGUGCAACUGCGAGGUUUGCUUGGUUUGCGUGGUCUAAAAUAUAUUUCUGUUCGGUAAAAGAAAAAAUCAAAUCAAAAGAUUCGAA